AUAAAAUCGUUAGUCUGCUGCAGCGGGAUAAAGCGCAUUUAUUAUCCACCGGGUACGCACGAAUUGAAAAACCAUGUCUUCCUCUCCAUCUCUGAAACAAUUUGCCGGCAAAGUUGAAAUCGUUACGGGUGCAUCUGCGGGAAUUGGAAAAGCCAUAGCCGAUCUUCUAGUGAAACAUGGUGUUAUAGUUGCUGGACUUGCUAGAAGAGUUCAACUUGUUCAAGAACAUGCCAAGGAACUGAUGGGUGAGAAAGGCAGUUUGCAUGCAUUUCAAUGCGAUUUGUCUAAGCAAGAGGAAACAGUGGCGACGUUCCAGAAAGUCACUUCCUCUCUGGGUCCGGUGAGUGUUCUGGUGAAUAAUGCGGGUAUUCUGAGCGCAUCUGGUAUCCUCGAUGGUGAGGUUGAAAAAUGGGCGAGCGUAAUAAAUACCAAUGUUAUUGCUGUUGCACUUUGUACCAGAGAAGCUGUAAAAAUCAUGAAGACCAAUAACAUUAAAGGAUACAUUAUCAAUGUAAAUAGUGUGGCUGGGCACAUGGUUCCUGAUUUUCCUAAAAUGGGAUUAUAUCCUCCAUCAAAGCAUGCAGUGACUGCAUUAACCGAAACGAUUAGGUUGGAAAUUAAUCGAGAAAAGCUACCGAUCAGAAUCACCAGUAUUAGUCCAGGUUACGUUGAAACGGAAAUUCUGGAAGUAGCUUUUGGCAAAAUCUCUAAGGGAACUGAGUGGGAAACUGUUCAAGAAACAGGCUUGAAAGACAAAGAUAUCGCCGAUGCGGUUUUCUAUGUUUUAUCCACUCCGGAACACGUAAAUGUUAAAGAGCUGACCAUAACAAGGCAAGGAGCCCAAGUUUAAAAUCUCACAUGGAAAUGAUUAACUAACUUAUUUUUAUGCCGAGUACUUUCAAGUUUAUAAAAUUAUAAUUUAUUUUGAUUUCUGCAAAUCAUUUAUAUUCGGUAAUGCAAAUAAAUAAAUCGGCUAAUGUUUCAGAUGGUGUUUUAAUUAUUUUUACUUCUAUAUUUCCAAAUAUUAUAUAUUUUUUGUCCUCUUCAAUGUUCUUCUUUUAUAGCCAUAUCAUUUGCUCGAUUUGAUAUCGAUAUUGAUGCUGUUAAAUUAAUAAAUCUUCUUUCAAAUUUAAGAACUUUAACUUCAAGAAUAAUGAUUUCUGUAAAUUAUUUAUAUUUUGCAAUUCAAAUAAAUCAGCUACUGUUUGA